AUGACACGUAAAGUUGAACAAAAUAGGCAAAAAUUAAUCCCUAUUAUUGAAACCAUACUAUUUUGUGGCCUACAAAAUAUAUCCUUACGCGGUCAUAGAGAUGAUGGUUCUAUAAAUUCUGUUGAUGACGAUAUCAAAAAUCAAAAAGGAAAUUUUAAGGCUUUAUUAGAAUUUCGUAUUAAUGCUGGAGAUCAAAUUCUAAAAGAGCAUUUCAAAUCUGCAACAAAAAAUACUACCUAUAUUACUGAUGAGACGACUGACGUAAGUAUUUCUGAACAAUUUUCAUUUUGUGUUCGGUAUUUUGAUUCGGACACAUGCUCAAUACGGGAACAUUUUCUUGGAUUCACAAAGGUUGAACAUGUAACUGGUGAAUAUUUAGCUGACACUAUUAUACAAAUAUUAAAAGAAAAAAAUUUAGAUCUUGCUCUGCUUCGAGGACAAGGAUAUGAUGGUGCCGCGAAUAUAAGUGGUGCGUUUAAAGGAGUACAAUCUAGAAUUGCAAGUUUACAGCCUCUUGCAUUUUAUACUCACUGUGCCAACCACAGAUUAAAUUUAGUGCUCAGUAAAGUAAGCACUGUACCUUCAAUUCGCAACACAGUCGGAAUAAUAACAAAUAUUUAUAACUUCUUAAGGGAAUCUGCUUUAAGAACUCAACUUUUGAGUGAAAAAAUUACAGAACUUUUUCCACAUCAAAAAGCAGUAAAAGCUAAAAAGUUGUGUGAAACACGUUGGGUCGAAAGACAUGAUGGAAUUUUACAUUUUUUGGAAAUAUUACCAGCUAUAAUAGUUACAUUAGACGAAUUAAGCCUUAGCAACCAUACAGGAAGCAAUGCACAAUCUCUAUCUGCAGCUAUUUGUAAAUUUGAAUUUUUGAUUUCCUUAAAAAUAUUAACGACAUUUUUAGCCAUAAAUCUUCCACUUUCAAUGCUGUUACAGAGUAUUAAUAUUGACUAUACACAAUCGAUAGAAAUGAUCAACAAUGUUAAAAAUGUAUUAACUACAAUAAGAGAAAAUUCAAAAACGGAAUUUAAAAACAUUUUUGAAGAAACAACAUUAAUUGCAAGAAAAAUGGACGUUGAUAUAAGGAUUCCAAGAGUAACAAAAACACAAUGUCACCGUGCAAACACUAAGCCCCAAUCAACUGAUUUAUCUGAAUUCUACCACGUUAACUAUUUUCUACCUUAUUUGGAUUAUCUUAUUGUGAUACCUAUAACAACAGCAAGUGCUGAAAGGUCAUUUAGUUCUUUAAAAAGAAUUAAAACUUACCUACGAUCGACAAUGAGCCAGGAAAGACUUAACGGCUUAGCAAUGUUGCAUAUAAAUAAAGAUAUUCAAGUAAAACCAGGAGAAGUACUAGAUGUGUUUGCUAAAAAACAUAAACGAAAACUUCAAUUCGACCUAUGA